AGGAAGCGCGUGCACUACACUUACAGCUUAUUUCCUGUUACUUGCAACAUUACGUUUUGGUUUUAUUUGAUCGUUUGUCCUGUAAUUGAAUGCACCGUUUCUUAAAUAUAAAAUACUAAGAAAUAUGGCUUUACCGAACUGCUCAUUGAAUGUAAACAGGGAGCUGGUGGAUCCCAAUUUCGAAAGUUACAGGCUGUCAUUGGACUCUAUUCCUACCUACAAUAUAGAACUGGACGCAGCUGUGGCUGAGGUUAAACUGAAGGAUAGUCAAUACACCCUGGAUCAUGUCAGAGCAUUUGGAAUGUUCAACUACCUCCAAAUCGACCCGUGGUAUGAAGACAGUGUGUACUUUGUGGACAGCAAGGGCCGGGUUCUUAAUCUCACAGUCACAUUGGACACUGCUUUGGGAAAACCUCGUGAGAUGUUUCAUUUCGAGUCAGACUCAAGCUCACCUGAAGCUUUGUGUGCUUCUCUGAGCCUGACCUCCGCGACCUGGGCUGCACUGUCUGAUGGAAAUGGAAAGCUGACUCUCCUGCGCACCAGCAAGAGGGGAGAGAGUUCUCAUCUUAAAUGGGAGCCGAUGUUCAGUGAAUCUCUUGGAGACCCAUUUAUCAUCGUUCACAGCUUGGCUCAUGUGCACUCUAAUGUUCACACCGUUGAAGUGCUGCUUCUGAGAGUACAGAAGGAUCCAUCUGAUACCAAAGGCAGUGGUUUCUCAGUCUCGCUGGAGUGGAUCACUGUGGAUAACUCCGCUGGCCAGGGGGAGAGCGAGGAAAAGAAAUAUGCUGUGAGGAAGAGGAGGGUGAUGAAGGGCAAGUCUGUCCCACACUACGCUGCAGUUGAGCCUCAGGGUAAAGGAGUCAUAGUCGCCUCAGAGAAACCCUUCGCUUUUACUGAGGUGGACGGACUUCUGCUUGAAGAACCACCUGUUCAGGAUAUGGAGGUGGGGAACUCAGAUCCCAUCUACUUCUGGCAGCAGACAGAAGAGGAUGUGACCUUGUGUGUGCGUUUACCUGAAGGCACAACCAAAGAUGACAUCCGCUUCAAGCUCACUGUGGACUGCCUGCGUGUUAGAGUAGGAGACUAUGCACCACUUCUGGACGGACAGCUUUUCGCUCCUGUUGACCCCGAGGCCAGCACUUGGACCAUGAAUGAUGAUAAGAGUUUGGAAGUCAGUCUACAGAAGCGAAGUGAAGGCCCACUAUGGUCCGAAGUGGUUUUGGGGGACCGGAGAGGAGAGUAUCUGAUGAAUGAUGAACAGAAAUCACAGCUCCAGCAGAGGCUCUCGUAUCUCACUUCUGAGGACCUGAAUCCAAACCCAGAGAAGGACAAGCCGCCUUGUAAUGCGCAGGAACUGGAGGACUGUGACAUGUUUCCGGAGGACAGCUCCACACUAAUGCGUUUUGAUGGUGCAACUCUGAAGCCCAACAAUGUGGUGAGCCUCGGAAGCAACCAGUUUCUUUUCUCUGUGCACAUUGACCCCUCCGAGACACCUGCUUUCUGCUUACGACAUGACGUUGAUGCAUUGCUCUGGCAGCCUCGUCCUGAUAAGGACAACAAUAUCUGGGAGCACAUUUCUACUUUUAAUGCACUUGGUUAUGUUCAGGCUUCAAAACGAGAUAAAAAGUUUGCCACCUGUGCCCCCAACUUCUCCUACGCUGCCCUUUGUGAGUGCCUCAGACGCAUCUUCAUUUAUCGCCAGCCCUCGCCGGUCGACACGGUGCUCUUCAACCGGAAACAGGGUCGCCAGGUUGGUCAGGUUGCCAAGCAGCAGGUAGCCAAUCUAGACACCAAUGACCCCGUACUGGGAUUCAGAGCCACUAACGAAAGACUCUUUGUCCUGACUUUAAACAACCUGUUUGUGCUGAAAGUGAACAAUUAAGAUUCCCCAGCAAUACUUCUAAUCUAGGUUUCAACUUAUCCGGCACAUUUCAGAACCAGGUUGGUAUGACUUUUUCUAAUGUACUAGUGUAAACAAUGCCUCAGUACUUGUCUUUAUAUGUAAAACAUCAGGUUUGAAAUCUAUGCUCAUCUGCUUCUCUGAAGGCACAAUCUCUAGCCUGAAUGUUACACUGCAUUCCAUUAGAAUGUUUAGAUACAUAAAAUAAAUAAGCAUCUGUAAGACCA